UUGAUUGACGGCUGCGAGCGUGACGUCAUAUCGGGGGGGGCGCAGUGGUGGAGUUUUUUUUUUUUUAGAAGAGGUAAUACAACGCUCGGUGUGAGAAGUAGCCUAUAGGCCGGCUUACCGAAAGAAGAAGAGCGCAGAGGAACACUCAAUCAUUCAUGGUGCAGCUUUUGUCCGUCUUUGCUUACUGGCUGUGUAGACUACUGGAACAGAUCGGAAAGAGUGGUAGCCUAGCCUGUUCUUCUAAAUACAUUAUUUACGUUGCAGCGGAUUGCUAGGUAGGCUAAUAUAACCACAAUCACGGAUACGGGUACAGUCCCGCUGGCUGAUUCAUUAACAAAAAUGAAUCAAAUAUGUUAUGUUUUGCUUUAUUUUUGACAGUCAAAUAGACUGCCAAAAACACGCAUUCUUUUUUUGUGUGAAAGGUUGCUAUGUUCACCGCGGCAUAUGUUAAUAUGAAACAGCAGGUAUGUGAUGGUGGCCAAUAGCUGUGUCCAGUCCAGAGGGAGUCAAGCUACAGCUCCACAGGCACGAGGCGGCCGGCUGGUAGAUUACUGAGGGAUUACACGGACACUCAUUAACUCAAUGCCACAAAACCGAGACUGAGUGGGGAGUCUGGGAACAGCGACCAGGGAGGGACUGAAUGGUCGGGGCGGCCGACUGACUGACAGACUGCUACGGGAAGAGCAGGAUCCUCUACAAUCUCUGUGAAUGUAACUCAACUCAUUUCUCCAGCGGGACUUGAGCUCCGCUAGGAUCGGAGACCAGUCUGCCUCUGCCGUCCAUCUAUCUGUAGCAGGCACAGACGGUGGGGUGUUGCUAUGACAACACUUGCCCUGCACCAUGGUGUAGAGUUGUCUCGUUACUUGCUCCACUGAAUCUGAUAUGAGACCUCAUCAUGCAAUAACCAGUGUCAGCUGAGCCAUGGCAAAACAGGACUCCCCACUGUUCCUCCACGGCUUUGACCUGGGGGGACACUUCAUAGACCCCCGGCCCCUGGGCAGCGGGGCCACUGGUCUGGUUCUGUCCGCUGUGGACAAGCGCAGCGGACAGCGGGUGGCUGUGAAGAAGCUGGUGAUGCGUGACGCGGUCAGCGUGAAGCAUGCCUUGCGGGAGGUCAAGAUCACACGACGUCUGCAGCAUGAGAACGUGGUGCGCGUGCACGAGGUUCUGGGCCCUUACGGCCACCCGCUGCCUCGCGACCCGGCCCAGCUGAGUGCCCUGUACAUCGUCCAGGAGUGCAUGGAGACGGACCUAGCUCAGCUGCUAGAGCAGGGACCACUUCCUGGUGGGCACGCCAUUUUGCUCUUCUACCAGCUCCUACGAGGCCUCAAGUUCAUCCACUCAGCAAAUGUGCUGCACCGCGACCUCAAACCAGCCAACGUGUUCCUCAACACAGACCAGCUACUGCUCAAGAUCGGAGACUUUGGCCUUGCCCGAAUCGUCGACCCACACUACUCCCAUAAGGGCUACCUGUCCGAGGGCUUGGUGACCAAAUGGUACCGGUCUCCGCGCCUGCUGCUCUCCCCUAACAACUACACCAAGGCCAUCGAUAUGUGGGCAGCUGGCUGCAUCCUCGCAGAGAUGCUAACAGGACGCAUGCUCUUUGCAGGAGCCCAUGAGCUGGAGCAGAUGCAGCUGAUCCUGUACACGGUGCCUGUGUUGAGGGAAGAGGACCAUCACGACCUCCGGCAGGUCAUGCCCUCCUACGUCAGCCAUGGUUGGAGGGUCAGGAGGUCCUUCAGAGAGCUACUACCUGAAGCGGAUGCAGACGCCAUAGACUUCCUGGAGCGUAUCCUGACCUUUAACCCCAUGGACCGGCUGACGGCAGAGGCGGCCCUGUCCCAUCCCUUCCUGCAGCAGUACUCGUGUCCCCAGGACGAGCCCAUGUCACCCCAGCCCUUCCGCAUAGAGGACGAGCUAGAUGAUAGCCUGGUCACGGAGCCCGGCCACAGCCACAGCCACAGCCACAGCCACAGCCAGGCCUCCAGUUCUCACUGGGACAGGUAUGAGACCAGCCUGUCAUCAGACCUGUACUGGCAGCAGCAGGGUGGGUGUCAGUGCAUGCCUGGGGUCUCAGAGGUGGCCGACUCCAAAGAGGAGGAGGUCCAGAGAGAUCCCAGGGCAGGUUCCUACCCUCUGUUGGAGGAGGCCCAGGUGGACCCUCGCAAGUAUUCCCACAGCAGCUCUGCCGAGCGCUUCCUGGACCACUCCCACUCCUCUCUGGUGCGGGCCUGUGGGGGCGGGGCUUAUGCUGAGCUGGACUGUGGCCACUCCUGUGACUACAAAGUGGGCUCCCCUUCCCAUCUGGACAAGGUUCCGUGGAGGGACGGCAAGCCGCAGCACUACUCCGAGCCCAAGCUGAUCCUGGACCUGUCUCACUGGAAGAGGAAUAGCCAGCUCCCUGUGCCUGAGGGGCCUGAGCGUGGAGGGGCCAGCGUGGAGGAGCUGCCUGUCGAGGAGCCACCUUGGGACCUAUUCCAGGAGAUCUCUCGCUGGGUGGAGAGCACACAGUCUCGCCUGUCCUCCGCCAGCCCACCCCAGGAACCCCUGUCCUCCGCCAGCCCACCCCAGGAACCCCUGUCCUCCGCCAGCCCACCCCAGGAACCCCUGUCCUCCGCCAGCCCACCCCAGGAACCCCUGUCCUCCGCCAGCCCACCCCAGGAACCCCUGUCCUCUGCCAGCCCACCCCAGGAACCCCUGUCCUCAGCCAGCCCACCCCAGGAACCCCUGUCCUCCGCCAGCCCACCCCAGGAACCCCUGUCCUCCGCCAGCCCACCCCAGGAACCGCUGUCCUCCACCAGCCCACCCCAGGAACCCCUGUCCUACCCCAGCUCACCCCAGGAACCCCUGUCCUACCCCAGCCCACCACAGGAACCCCUGUCCUACCCCAGCUCACCCCAGGAACCCCUGUCCUACCCCAGCCUACCCCAGGAACCCCUGUCGUACCCCAGCCCACCCAAGAAACCCCUGUCCUACCACAGCUCACCCCCGCUGCCCCCAUUUCCCACCUCCCUCCCUGCCCCACUCUUUCCCAGCUGUUCGCCGGUCGUACAGCCGUCACCUGGACUGGACAAGGACCACACACUCAGCCCGCCUGCCACGUCCCACUCCCCUGCCUCCCUGUUGCCCAUUUCUCCCUUGUCUCCUCCCGUUCCUUCAUCGAUUCAUGAGCCCCCACAGACUCUUCCCUCCAGGGGGCAAAGGGGACCGUUUGACCUAGAUGUGUUCAUCUCUCGAGCGCUGAAGCUGUGUGGUCAGAGUGAGGACCUGGGGGGAAGCACGGACGGGGCCAAACGGGCCAACAUCAAGAGGGUACCUAGACUCCCGGAGCACCGGCCACCCCCACCUCAGACUCCCAACUCCUAAUAGGACCUAGGUCCAAGGCUACCACAGAGGGUGCUGGUAGACCGUGGGAGCUGUGUUUAAGGCUACCACAGAAAGCACUGGUAGACUGUGGGAGCUGCGUUUAAGGCUACCACAGAAAGCACUGGUAGACUGUGGGAGCUGCGUUUAAGGCUACCCCAGAGAGCACUGGUAGACUGUGGGAGCUGCGUUUAAGGCUACCCCAGAAAGCACUGGUAGACUGUGGGAGCUGCGUUUAAGGCUACCCCAGAAAGCAUUGGUAGACUGUGGGAGCUGCGUUUAAGGCUACCCCAGAAAGCACUGGUAGACUGUGAGAGCUGCCUUGUGAAAAGCAUGAGUUGACACACGCCCAAAGUAAUAGGCGAGGUGUUGACUAACAGAAUAGUAAACGUAUGGAGAAACACUCUAUAUACUGUAUGCUCCCAAUGAUUUAAUGUGUAAAAUAGUUUUUUUUAUCCAUUAAAUCAAUGCGGCGUGCAACUUUUCGUAAGUUGCCUUGACACUGACCCUUCUCACUUAAACAAGUGGUGCUGGUCGUUCGGAUCAGAGCUGCUUUUACUGCAUGUUAGGAGGUGAGGAGAGAAAAGUGAGGAUCAAGAUCCAUUAGCUACAAACUACAUAAUGAGCUUCCGGUGGUUUUGUCAUUUAGGUCACUGCUGUAAAUUAAUGUACAGUACGUUUUACAGUAUCUAACGCAAAGGUUAUGUAGUAAGCCUACAGUAUGUUGCAUGAAAGCAGCAACUGUACUCAUUACAAGAAUGCCUGCAAAUGAUCAACAGUUAGGUGGAGAGAGGAAAUUCCAGGUAUUGCAUAGCAGAAUAGCUUAAAGAGAACGCAGCCAGCUAUUUUUUGGUUAUAAUUUUGUUGACUCUUUCAAACACAACCCUUUUGUUUGUUUAGAAAUCUUCUGGAUGUGAGUAGCUAUAGGUCUUCCUGCAGCAAAUACUUAAGAAGAAUGAUAUGAAUAUCUUCCAUUGAGUGGGAAGUAUCUCCUAUCAGGAGUUUGAAUGUAUUUAUAGAUACACAUCUUAGCAUAAGAACAGUUAGCUCUCGUCCAGGGCAUUAGUGCGUGUUCCUCUACUAAGGAAUGUGUUAAUGGAGGAACGUUCACUAACAACCUGGACCAGAGCUAAAUAACAGUCAAAGGGAGAUGGUCUCUGGGACUCAUAUAAUGAUGUUUUACUGUUAACACUGCUGCUGUGAUUUCCAACAGUAUGCCUUGUACAAUUGUAUACAUUGAACUGCUGUUUCUUACAGCAUCUUCCAGAUGCCUGUAAUGGUUUGUUCACAGUUUAAGGUUAAGUACAGCUUUUAGGGAUUUGUGUGUGUGUGUGUGUGUUAUUAUUUAGCUGAAAAGGAGUGUUGUCACGGUAAUGCAGUAAGAUAUAUGUGUCUAGUAUCUGCACAGCCACGCGCUCAUCACAGGGAGAUAUACUCAGAACAGUGACAACACGGUAGUCAGCCUAGCUGAUAUCAAGCUGAUAACAGAAAGCCUCCGGAGUAGUCAUGCACAAGGAAGUGCAGUAAAAAAGGUUACGCACUCAUCAAGCACUCGAAACUCCUUGGCUGCGUCCAAAACAAACGGCACCGAAUUCCUAUAUAGUGCAAUACUUUUGACCAGAUCCCUGUUGGCCCUGGUCUAAAGUAGUGCCCUGUAAAGGGAAUAGGGUGCCGUUUGGGGACGUAGAUCUUGUCUCAUGCUUUUACCAUUGUUACUACUAUUCAAUGACAGCUAACGUUCCAAAAUGGUUGGAUUUCAUAAUGGUAUACUCUCGAGUCAUGAGAAAUGAAUCAUUGCACAAUGUCACAUGACAUUAUAAAGGGGACACAAUGAGAUAACAUAGUCAAUUCUGGGAAUUGCAGGGUGCAAACUAUCUCCCGAGCAGAGCAAAGUCUUUUCUCAUGUCGUUUUAAUAACAUACCAAAAGCACAUCAGACAGACAUUGCCAGGGACCAGGUUCUUAAAGGCCAAUUAGGCUUCAUGUACAGUGACAGACGCCAUCUGGGCCAGUCCAUGAUUCUUUACUGGUAAAAUAACAGUCAGCAAUAAUAUCAGUAAUAAAUAAUUACAUCCAAUGUGCUUGUUGCGACAGAAUAUGUUCCUUUUAGUCUUGAGUCGGUUUAUGAAUGUGCCUCUGAAUAGGCCUACAGCUCAAUGCUUCCAGUUCGCUGAAUGUAAUAGUUUUGCAUGGCUUAGACCUUGAUUAAACUGUCAAAUGAUUUUAACUACAUGACUUUAAUAAUGUGAAAUUGUGGACAAUCUUUACUUGAGGGUAUCCUGCUUGUAUCACAUAUGGUGGACGCUGCAGCUUUUUACACUAUCCCCUUUGCAGUACCUCUUUAGCUGAUGAACAGACAAAUAAAAGUUGACUAAAGA